UCUCUCUUUGACCGCGUCCCUCCUCCAUUCCUCUCUCUCCUGUCCGCCUGGCCACCCCGCCUGCCGUCGCCCUCCACGCCCUCCCUGGGGUCCGCCUGUCCUCCCACAACACCCUUGGACAGCCCGCUGAAUCCCACUUGUCUCCGGGGCCUACUUGCCGUGCCUCGCUCUGGGGAAUCUGCUGAACGACCUAGCGAGGCCGACGCCGCUAUCAUUCUGCAUUGCCUCUGCCAUCGCUCUUGAUUUAUGUCUUUCAGGACGCCGACAACUGUACAAUCCUCGUCCGUACUUGCCUAAGUGACCAUGCCCGUGGUAUCGAGACCCCAGCGUACCGAAGCAAUCCAGGCAAAGUAUAAUGUCAUCGUCGACUAUCCACACCUUGGUCUGCACUCUGCCGCAGCCAUGGGCAACCUGGGGUUAGCCCAGUACGCACUUUCCCAUGGCCAGCCAGUAAAUUCUAUACUGGACGGAGUGCUACCUCUGCAUGCAGCGUGUUCUGGAGGCAAUGAUCAGGUCGUCCGGUUUCUCAUUGAGAGUGGUGCAGAUGUGAAUGCGCCUCGGUUACCGCGGCGGUAUACGAGCGAUAAAAACCGUGAUGCGUCAGCGCCGAUCGUCGGUGCCUCUGGAUCGACGCCCCUUCAUUUCGCCUGUGCGAACGGGCACGCCCCGGUCGUGCUCACGUUGCUCAUGCAUGGCGCACACCCGGAUCGUGCAGACAAACAUGGAACCACUCCGGAGAUGCUCGCACGGCAGAAUGGUUGGGUGGCCUGCGCGGAGGUCUUGCGUAACUGGAGUCUGAACAAGGAUCGGGACCUUCGAGAGAAGGAGGAGCUCAUUCCAAUGCACAUCGAUGACACGAGCUCCAUCAUUGACCUCAAACAUAUUUGCGCUGGGCACGAGUGCCGGGUAUGCACCAGCAAGAGGUUGCGGGUCAAGCGGUCGAUCGACCAUGCUCUCAACAUGCUGAAGCCCUCGCUCUCACAACUGCACUCUUCCAGUCUCAUGGAGGGUACAGGUACCGCAUUAGAGACAAUCGUCGCUUCGCCAUUGCUCCCGACUGACUCUGUCGGCGACGCCAUACUCACAUCCAGCCCUGAGGUUAGCGCUGCACCCGAGUCCUCAAGUCGUCGACCGUCGCUUCCUGACGUCUUCGACCCUGCCCAGACAAUGCCGAUGUCGCGCCGCUCUCACGCUGGUUCCGGGUCGAGCUCACGGAGACCUCGAUCAGCAGGGAACGAUGCGGAGCAGCCCACAGUUGGCCGACGCGUAAAGGGGAAGGUGUCGCUCCUCAGCAUAUUCAAGAAGGGCGACGCGUCUAUCACUCCUGAAGCCUCACCUGGCCACGCCCCCAGUCCAUACACACCAUCCACCGCUUCCACUUCCGGAUCCCCGGGCCCUGGUACACCCCAUCGCCCCGAUGUCCACGCCCCAGCAUCUACAAAUGACUCUCCAGCUACCUCGAGUGGGCUUCCCGAGCAUGCUUCUUACUCGGAAAUGACGAUCCAGGGCCGACCACGAGGCCGUGUCUUCAGCGAGGGCGAAGCCACCCGUGUGCCCCCAUUACCCACGGCCGUCGAGCUGCAUCGCGCGCUUUCUGACGAACGGUCGAGGACCUUGUCCAGUCCCGGUUCUCCGGAUAGCCACCUGCCCGACGUUUCUUCCGGCCCUCCGACAGCCCACCGGAGUCCCUCAUUGAGGCCUGGCAUUCUGCGCCCGCAUACACGGUCCAUCUCCCAGCAGUCGCAGAUCGAAAGCCCACGAUCUGGCUCAGUCGGCCCUCCAUCGUCUCGUUCCUUACGGUUUGACUCUCCGACCGCGUCGUCCAAUCCUGUAAGGCCGAAUGACAAUCGUCGAUCGAGCCAUAGUCCCGCCCGGGGUAUCAAGAUGGCACGGAGCGUCAGCUCGAUGCGAAGCGUCAGCGGCGCGGAAGCUUCUCGAUCGCCUCUGAGAACUACCAUAGACCUCGCCGGGCCUUCGUUUGACGAAGAAGUCGCCGAUGAACCUCGUCAUGUCUUUGAGGAUGACGAUGAAGAGUAUGGGGAGCCCAUCGUUACACAAGAAGUGAUCACAGAGCUCGACUCGCGCCUCAGCGCACUUCAGGUCACCGAGGAUCCGAAGCGGAACUCGAUGCUCUCGCAAGGAUUGUUGUCCCCUUUGCCGUCGCCUUGCAAGGCGACCACAACAAACGGCUUCGACUACCCGUUUAGUAUCAAUGAGCCGCCGCCGGACGAUGUCGAGUCCCCUACACGUCAGACCUUCCUCGAGGUGAAUGGCAACGAGAAUCGGAUGCGCGGUGAUUCCAUGAGCAGCAUGAGUACGAAUGGGACCAGCGGCUAUCUUCCUACGCCAGGUAUGCAGCAGUCGCAAUUGCCAUCACCAUGGAUCAGCUCGAGCACAUCGACACCGCCAGAAUUUCCCUCGAUGGACAAUGGAGGCCGGAGGAGGAUCCAGCGCACGCCGUCCUCCACGUAUUCCAAUGACACGGAACCAGUGUACAAGCUCAAGGGCCCCCCUAGCGCCCUUGACAUCGACAUCGGGACCAUCUCGUCGUAUGCCCAGGCAGAGGCGCUGGUUCAGCGUGCACAGCAGAGCAUUUUGGAGAUGCAGGAUAUCCAGGUUGACUACACGCCUCCAAGCGCAGGUGUCAGUGCAGGCCGCACACCGUUGAGCGCGAAGCUUGCAGCGUAUGGGGAGAGUCUUGCCAUUGAACGGAAGUUCCGGCAGGAGGAAGAGAAGCGCAGUAGCUCGUCGACGGUGCGGAGUCGCCGUCCUUCCGAAUACAGCACACGUCCGUCGCAAGAUGUUGAGAGCAGCCCCGGGUCGAAGCUUGACAGGAAGUUCAGUCUGGAGGAGAGGCCGCACAACCGCACCAUCAAGCAGUCAAAAGUGAGAAGACCACACACUGCGGGGAGUACUGCUUCAUCAGAUAUACUUGGAUCACCGUCCAGGCCUGGGAGAUCAAUUCCAUCCCCUCACCACUUUCCCGCGUCCGGGUCGCAGCACGUUGCCAGGUCGAGUUCAGAUCAACGCGUCGACGACAUUGCGACUUCGUACACUCCGCCGAUGACUUCGUUUCUCCAAGCGGAAGUGGACAUGUAUGCGUCGGGGUCGAGGCCGAGGGUGCCGCGUUCGCGCACACCUGAUCCCUCUUGUGAUGACCCCUUGGACCGUGGCCCCACGACUGGCGUCCCCCUGUCACGUAUAUCUACGGCACCCGUCCAAGACGCGUACCUCAAGCCAAAGCGCGGGCUGACCAACCAGGAGCGGCAGGUCGCGCGGGCGACGAAGCUCGUGAAGAUGGGCUUUUCCACCGCUGACACGCUCGCCGCCACCGGCGCCAACCGCAAUCAAACCACGAACAGACAUCGCGUAGGUGGGUUCAAAGGUUUCGUGCAGAGUCUCAAGGGGAAAUGAGUCUUGGAGUUCCACCUGCACGUUGCGCUCCUGUAGCGCGUCCGUUCACCCAUCCACCGUCAUGCAUCCGUUUCGCUCUCCGCUCUCACCAUAUGUUAUCGCUCAUUAUCAUCGCAAUCCUCUCGCUCUCAGACCUGCUGCUGUUGUCUGUCUAUCACUAUUGCAGAUGUACGAGGAGUCGUGUAGCCACUGUAUUAGUAUCCAUCCUCGUCGGUUUCGGUUCUACGAGUUCUCGGGCUAUAGCACUAAGUUACUUUGUUCGCACCUCCAUGUACGCAUUCAUUCGCACAUUUGUACCAGUUAUUUUGUCGAAUAUACCAGAGCUUUGCUCACCGA